CUCCCCCCACCUUCACGGAGACGCCGCCGCAGUACGUAGAGGCGAAGGAAGGCAGCAGCGUCACCUUGACCUGCAUGGCGUUCGGGAACCCCAAGCCCAUCGUCACCUGGCUGAAAGAGGGAGACCUUUUGGGUGCCAAUGGCAAGUACCAGGUGAGCGACGGGAGCCUGACGGUGCUCUCCGUCAGCCGGGAGGACAGGGGUGCCUACACCUGCCGGGCGUACAGCAUCCAGGGGGAGGCUGUGCACACCACGCGCCUGCUCGUUCAAGGACCUCCAUUCAUAGUUUCCCCUCCGGAGAACAUUACGGUCAACAUCUCCCAGGAUGCGCUGUUCACCUGCCAGGCCGAGGCGUACCCCGGGAACCUCACCUACCUGUGGUACUGGGAGGAGGAGAACGUCUACUUCAAGAACGACCUGAAGUUGAGGGUGCGGAUCCUGAUUGAUGGGACGCUGAUCAUUUUCCGUGUCAAGCCAGAGGAUGCUGGAAAAUACACCUGUAUCCCCAGCAACAGCCUGGGCCGCUCGCCAUCGGCCUCUGCCUACCUGACGGUGCAGUAUCCUGCCCGCGUGGUGAACAUGCCCCCUGUCAUCUACGUUCCCAUCGGGAUACACGGAUACAUCCGCUGCCCGGUCGAGGCAGAGCCCCCGGUCACGCUGGUCAAGUGGAACAAAGACGGACGUCCCCUGCGAAUCGAGAAGUAUACUGGCUGGAACCUGCUGGAAGAUGGGUCAAUCCGGAUAGAGGAGGCAACCGAAGAUGCUCUCGGCACUUACACCUGUGUGCCUUAUAACGCCCUGGGUACGAUGGGCCAGUCUCCCCCUGCCCGACUGGUACUGAAGGACCCCCCCUAUUUCACGGUGCUACCAGGCUGGGAGUACAGACAGGAGGCAGGGAGGGAGCUGUUGAUUCCUUGCGCUGCUGCUGGAGACCCCUUUCCCAUCAUCGCCUGGAGAAAGGUAGGGAAGCCCAGCAGGAGCAAGCACAACACGCUGCCCGGCGGCACCCUGCAGAUCCGCUCCCUCGGCAAGGACGACCACGGCGAGUGGGAGUGCGUUGCCACCAACAUCGUCGCGAGCAUUACUGCCAGCACCCACCUCACUGUCGUAGGCACAAGCCCUCACGCCCCGACCAGCGUGCACGUUGUGGUCGCCAUGACCUCGGCCAACGUCUCCUGGGAGCCCGGCUACGACGGUGGAUACGAGCAGACUUUCUCAGUUUGGAUGAAGAGAGCCCAGUUUGGCCCCCACGACUGGCUGUCUCUGCCUGUGCCAGCUGGUUCCAAUUGGCUUCUGGUGGAUACCUUGGAACCGGAGACUGCGUACCAGUUCAGUGUCUUGGCUCAAAACAAGCUGGGCACCAGCUCCUUCAGUGAGGUGGUCACUGUGAACACUCUAGCAUUCCCUGUAACAACUCCAGAGCCUCUGGUGUUGGUUACCCCACCGAGGUGCCUAACAGCCAACCGGACACAGCAAGGCGUCCUCUUGUCGUGGCUUCCUCCCGCUAACCACAGCUUCCCCAUCGACCGCUACAUCAUGGAGUUCCGUGUUGCGGAGAAGUGGGAGAUCUUGGACGAUGGCAUCCCGGGGACCGAGAACGAGUUUUUUGCCAAGGACUUGUCCCAGGACACUUGGUACGAGUUCCGGGUCCUCGCGGUCAUGCAGGAUCUCAUCAGCGAACCCAGCAACGUUGCUGGUGUCUCCAGUACAGACGUAUUCCCUCAGCCUGACCUGACGGACGAGGGUCUAGCCCGCCCGGUGCUGGCCGGCAUCGUUGCCACCAUCUGCUUCCUGGCUGCCGCCAUCCUCUUCAGCACACUCGCCGCCUGCUUCGUCAACAAGCAACGCAAACGCAAGCUCAAGCGCAAGAAAGACCCUCCUCUCUCGAUAACCCACUGCAGGAAGAGUUUGGAGUCCCCGUUGUCUUCCGGCAAGGUGAGUCCCGAGAGCAUCCGCACGCUCCGCCCCCCCUCGGAGUCCUCCGAUGACCAGGGCCCGCAGGCCAAGCGGAUGCUGAGCCCCACCAAGGAGAAGGAGCUCUCCCUUUACAAGAAGACCAAGCGAGCCAUCAGCAGCAAGAAGUACAGCGUCUCCAAGGCGGAGGCCGAAGCUGAGGCCACCACCCCCAUCGAGCUCAUCAGCCGCGGGCCGGAUGGCCGCUUCGUCAUGGACCCGGCGGAGAUGGAGCCCUCCCUGAAGACGCGGCGGAUCGAGGGCUUCCCCUUCGUGGAGGAGACUGACAUGUACCCUGAGUUCAGGCAGUCGGACGAGGAGAAUGACGACCCCGUCGUCCCCGCCUCUGUCACCGCCCUGAAAGCCCAGCUCACCCCUCUCUCCUCCAGCCAGGAGUCCUACCUUCAGCCACCAGCAUACAGCCCCCGGUUCCACCGGGCGCUGGAGGGUCCCGGCGCCCUGCAGGCCACCGGCCAGGCGCGUCCGCCGCACCAGCUCCAGCCCUGGGAGGCGGCCGAGGGCUCCCAGCCCACCGGCUGCCUUCCUCGGGGGCCACCCCCCUCCUCCCUCCAGGUGGUCCCCGCGUCCUACCCGGGCAUCCUGCCCCUGGAGGCACCAAAGAGCUGGACCGGCAAGUCACCCGGCAGGGGCCAAGCCUCUGUGCCCACCACCACCAAGUGGCAGGACAAACCUAUGCAACCCAUGGGAUGUCAAGGGCAGCUAAGACAUACCAGCCAAGGUAUGGGCAUACCCGUGUUGCCUUACCACGAACCGUCCGAGCCCGUCGGCCCCAGCGGCACAAGCACAUUCAGCCUGGACACCAGGUGGUACGAGCCCCAACCCCGACCUCGGCCCAGCCCUCGGCAGGUCAGGAGGGCUGAGCCCAGUUUACAUCAGGUGGUGCUACAACCUUCAAGGCUUUCUCCUCUGACCCAAAGCCCCCUCAGCUCCCGCAACAGCUCCCCGGAGCUGACCGCCCGUGCCCGGCCCCGGCCGGGCCUCAUCCAGCAGACGGAGGUGUCGGAGAUCACCCUGCAGCCCCCCACGGCGGUCAGCUUCUCCCGCAAGUCCACGCCAUCGACGGGAUCCCCCGCGCCGAGCAGCCGGGGAGGCAGCCCCAGCUACCGACCCACCACCGCCUUCACCUCCCUGGCCACCGGCUUCUCCGGCUCCCAGGGCUCCUCCCUGCCCGCGGACACCAUGGAUGUUUUUGGAGACAUCCCCUCUCCGAGGAGGGCUGGCGAGGAG